AUGAAUAAAAAAAUUACGAAGUCUAGUCUCUCUGAAAAGAAAAAGUUGGCAAAACGGCGCAAAUAUGCAGAAAUUAAGGAAGAUCCAGAGUUAUACGAAAGGCAAAGAGAAAAAGAAAAAGAAUGGUAUAGAAGAAAGAAAGCCAAGGGUCAGGUUGUUGGUAUCAAUGAAAAGUCACCGCGAGAUAUAAGACAGCAAAGAAAGAAAUGGAAAGAAGCAUCGAGACGAUACAGACAAAAGAAAAAAGAGGAAAAAUUAAAAGAAACAACAACAGUUUUUAUUGAAUGUCCAGAAACAAAUAACGUUCAAAAAAUGGAAAACAACGAAGAGGACGAUCCUCUACAGUCAUCCGUGGAUGAUUGUAAUAGCACUAGUAAGGCCGGUAAAAAGGAGUUUAUGACCAAAAAUAAAGUAAGACGCCAGAAACGAUAA